GCAGAGGACACGAAACCGAUUGAAGGGGAGAAUGGCGACGCGGAGGUCAGCCCUGCCGGACCCGGCGGUGAAGCGUUGACGCAGGACGCAGCCGUCGCCCACAGUGCCGGCUCGGAUCGCGGCGGCAGCAGCAAAGCUUCUGAGGCUGGGGGUUCGUCUGCAACGCGUUCGUCUGGCAAGGCGGAAGGCGGCGUUGACGUUGCCGCGGGGCACACGAAUGCGGCAAAAGGCAGUGAAGAAGAGCAAGGCGGUGCGGAACGUCCAGCGACGACUGAACCCAACAGUGACUCGACAAACCCCGCGCAGUCCACUGCUGGCGCCGAGACCAUCGCCGGGGCCCGGCCGCCCGAGAGCAAAGGGCAGACGCAAGGGGCCGCGGCGACGCAGAGCAGUGGCCAACCCGACGCUGUGCCGCCGCUGCGCGGAGGUGAGAGCGGCGGAGGGUCCCUAACCCCGGCGGAGGGACGCGGGACAGCAGCUGCCGAGGUGCAGCUGCAGGGCGGGGCGGCGGGCCCUAGCACAGUGACUGAGAGCGCCGCGCCUACCGCACGGGCCGAUGCGUCCGACGUCGCUCCUGCGGUUACCAGCGAUACUGUCGCCCCCGCUGGUGCGAAGGACGCUGUUUCCACAUCGGCCAAUCUUCCUUCUGCUAAUACCGCCGCCUCCGGGAGCGAAGCGCCAAUCAACGCGGACGGCAGUGACGCCACAACCGCUUUGUUUGUGCAUGCCUCACCGCUGCUGCUGCUCACGGCUGCUGUUGCCUGCGGUGCUGGGCAGUGGUGA